AUGUCCAACAGCAGCUCCAUCAGGCACUUCCUCCUGCUGGCAUUGGCAGACACGCGGCAGCUGCAGCUCCUGCACUUCUGCCUCUUGCUGGGUGCCCUCCUGGGCAACGGCCUCAUCAUCAGCGCCGUAGCCUGCGGCCCCCACCUGCACACGCCCAUGUUCUUCUUCCUGCUCAACCUGGCCCUCAGCGACCUGGGCUCCAUCUGCACCACUGUCCCCAAAGCCAUGCACAAUUCCCUCUGGGACACCAGGGACAUCUCCUACAAAGGAUGUGCUGCUCAAGUAUUUUUCUUUGUUUUCUAUGCUACAACGGAGUAUUUCCUUUUGACUGUCAUGUGCUACGACCGCUACGUGUCCGUCUGCAAACCCCUGCACUACGAGACCCUCCUGGGCAGCAGAGCUUGUGCCCACAUGGCAGCAGCUGCCUGGGCCAGUGCCUUUCUCACUGGUCUCGUGCACAUGGCCAAUGCAUUUUCCCUGCCCCUGUGCCAUGGCAAUGCCCUGGGCCAGUUCUUCUGUGAAAUCCCACAGAUCCUCAAGCUCUCUUGCUCACAGUUCAACCUCAGGGAACUUGGGCUAAUUGCUGUUAGUGUGUGUUUAGCAUUUGGCUGUUUUGUGUUCAUUGUUUUCUCUUAUGUGCAGAUCUUCAGGGCCGCGCUGAGGAUCCCCUCUGAGCAGGGGCGGCACAAAGCCUUUUCCACAUGUCUCCCUCACCUGGCUGUUGUCGCCCUGUUCGUGAGCACUGCAGUAUUUGCCUACCUGAAGCCCCCCUCCAUCUCCUCCCCAUCCCUGGAUCUGGCCCUGUCAGUUCUGUACUCGGUGGUGCCUCCAGCCCUGAACCCCCUCAUCUACAGCCUGAGGAACCAGGAGCUCAAGGCUGAAGUGCGGGGACUGAUGACUGGAUGGUUACAGAAACAUUAA